AGAAGGAGGCAGCUUAGCCUAUGAUGCUUUCCAAAGAUGAUAUAACAUUACCUCAGGGAGGCUAUGCCCCAGUCCUGUUAGGACUCUGUCGCAGCACAUCAGUCUGGAGCACAGGCUUGCUCCUUGCUCCACGGUAUAAGAUGAGUUCCUUCCAGAAAGAGUUUUACAGCAAGCCCACAGUUGCUUUAAAUUAGAAAAGUUGGCAAGUGGCCAAGGAAAGGAGCAGGAGCUUGCUCAGCUGAGACAGACAGAAAACUCUGUAAGAGCAUCAAGCCUCAGAUAGGUUUUCACAAAGUAUUUUUUUGUCAUCCCAGCAUUUAAAUUUCUUUUAAAGGAUUUUGAAUCACCAAAAAUUACCUGCUGGCUUGAAUCUACAACUCUUACACUACCCAAACAGAGCACGCUGCUUUCCCUGAAAAAUCAGAUGUCAUCUACUCAUCUACUCAACUGUGAAGAAACCUGUGGAUUCUGACUUCCUUGAAUGCUGUAAAUUAGCUCUGACGGAAUGAACAUCUCCAACAAAAAAACCCACACAAAUUUUCUGAGAAGACAGCAAAGGAACUAGAAAAAACAGCUUGACUUGUAGGUUCUCACCUGACCCAUGAUUGACUCUCUGGUAAUGGAACACUAAAUUUAAGACACCUUUCUAUAUCAGAUCUGAGGAUGUUUGUGUUGCUGUACAUUACAAGUUUUGCCAUCUACACAAGUGAACAACCUCUUCAAAGCCAGACCAAAGGAGAAAAUUACUACACCAGAUAUAUCUGCAGCAUCCCAGGUCUGCCAGGCCCUGCUGGCCCUCCUGGAGCCAGCGGAUCCCCAGGGCCACAUGGACGCAUUGGUCUUCCAGGAAGAGAUGGUAGAGAUGGCAGGAAGGGAGAAAAAGGUGAAAAAGGGAGUGCAGGUUUAAGAGGAAAGACUGGGCCAUUAGGACCAGCUGGAGAGAAAGGAGACCAAGGUCAGUCUGGUAAGAAAGGACCUGAAGGAUUGACUGGUGCCAAAGGUGAAGUAGGUCCAGCUGGGCCACCUGGACCUAAGGGAGAUAAAGGAGAGCGAGGAGAGCCAGGAGCACCAGGGGUCUGCAAGUGUGGAAAGAUAGUGCUGAAAUCUGCCUUUUCUGUUGGCAUCACCACAAGCUACCCAGAGGAAAGACUACCAAUCGUAUUCAAUAAAGUCCUCUUCAAUGAGGGGGAGCAUUACAACCCAUCCACAGGAAAGUUCAUUUGUGCCAUCCCAGGGAUUUACUAUUUCUCUUACGACAUCACCUUAGCAAACAAGCACCUGGCUAUUGGGCUGGUUCACAAUGGCAAGUACAGGAUCAAGACUUUUGACGCGAACACCGGCAACCACGACGUAGCUUCUGGAUCCACAGUGAUCUACCUUCAGCCAGAGGAUGAAGUGUGGCUUGAAAUCUUCUACUCUGACCAAAACGGUCUCUUUUCUGAUCCAACGUGGGCAGACAGUUUGUUUUCUGGAUUUCUCUUGUAUGUUGAUACAGAUUACCUUGAUGCUUUAUCAGAUGAAGAUGAACUCUGAAGCAGAUAUCAAUUGACAUUCAAACUGGAGGCCCCACAAAGGAUUUAAUUCAUCUGUGUGGGGAAAACAAAGUUGAAAUAAAAAAAAUCUGGAAAUUCAUUCUAGCUUUGAUUGGAACAAAAUCUGAGCUCGUAAGGAUGUUUCUAAAAUUAAGGAUGGAUUUCUUAACAAACAGCAGGGAUACCAAAAUGAACUGUAAUUAACAUAAAACUACACCACUCCGAGACUGACUCUUCUCUAAAAUUACAUUUAUAAUACUAUUUAAACAAAUUUAAAAUACUGUACAUUGGAUUUUAUAUAAAAUGUAUUAACUUGCAAUUUAGAAUGGCUAUUUUGUAUAUUACAUUAAAGUAAAAUUGAACAAUU